UCUGAACUCGAGAGGAAGUUCUUGACGGGACAUAACAAUCUGUCGGGUGUGCGUGAAAGUGGUGUCGCGAAUUUUCGGUUGAAUAAAUUCGUGCGUGGAAAAGCGCAAGAAAAGCUGUUAAAGCAUUUACAGUGAUCGUGAAGGCUGUGAAAAUACUUAAAAAAAAUGAGAUGGCUUAUAAGGAUUAUGUUGCUGAGCAGUGUAGCUUUGCAAAUCCAUUCGAAAGAAAAAGCAUUCUUGGAACUGGACCAAUACUACCGGAUGCCGAAACUGUUUGCCUAUGACGACUACGACGAGUGUUUGGAGGCGUACGACACUCCGGAACCUGUGUAUUGCGUGACCCGUUCCGUCAUCAAACCGGACAACAGUUCCAGCCUUUGGCGAUUGAUUCGGGACUUUUCCGCUGACACGUACCGUCACUUCCGCCAUGAUCAUCUGGACCGAGGAUUGUGCGUUGAGCGAUGCCGCCGUCUGUUGUCAGAACUGACAAACGAAACCAUACAGCAGUUGUACGUCGAAAAGUUCGACAUCGAUUUUCCGUACAUAAUUUCCGACAAACCAUUUGAGAAUGUUCAACAUGAUCGGACUCACUUUGGAAAGUUGAUCAACGUUUGUGAAAACUAUCGACUCAAGAAGCAAUACAAUUUGACAGCCUUCACAGAAAUCGAGUAUUGCGUGCGACCCACUCAUCAGAUAAAGGUGGACCUGUUGGAUAUGAGCUUCAUCGCAGUUACGAUGCUGCUCAUACUGCUGGUCGUUGGCUCGAGCUGGUUCGAUUCCCGUAUCAAUCAGAGCGGUAAAAUUGACCACUUCAAGAUGGACAUCCGAAGCCAAAAAUCAAUGCUGCUGACGUCGUUUUCCGUGAAACGGAACUGGUACCGACUGAUCGGUCGCUCCAAGGAUCAACUCAACGAGGACCUAAAGUUCUUCCAGGCGUUCCGGUUCCUCACCUUCAGCCUGGUCAUUAUGGGUCACUGUGCGGACAUGUUUUCGGUGACUCCGAUUGCCAAUCCGAUCGAUCGGGAGAAGGAAUACUACACCCCGGAGGGAUUGGCCCUCAUCAAUGGGUCCCAGGUGGUGCAGACGUUCUUCGAAAUGAGUGGGUUUUUGCUGAGCAUCCAUUUCUUCACCAGUCGGGAAUCGAUGAAGAAGAUGUCCUGGUGGACGGUGGUAGCCGUCGUUGUUUAUCGGUUCAUACGGUUAACUCCGGCUUAUGCCUACGUUAUCCUGCUGCAUGCGACCUGGUUGCCGAAGAUGCAGAAUGGACCGAUGUGGCCUAGGGGAACUUCUACCGAACGGUAUUUCUGCCGGAAGAACUGGUGGACCAAUAUUCUGUAUGUGAACAACUAUGUGAAUGCUGAUGAACCUUGUUUACAACAGGCCUGGUAUUUGGCUUGUGAUUAUCAACUGUUCACCUUGGGAAUGAUUCUAGUUGUGGCCGUAACAAAGUAUCCAAAACUUAGGAACACGUUGUAUUCUUUAGCCUUAAUUUUGGCUUACAUAAUUCCGGGAUUUAUCAUCUACUUUGGCGCAUUUGAUGGAGCAUUCAUCAAUCGUUUGCAAGACGAAAGAUUCAUCUACUGGUACGAUCGAAUGUACCACCAGAUCUAUAUUCCGUUCCAUACCAACAUGGGCUGCUAUCUGGGUGGCAUACUUCUGGGCGCAAUCUACUUCCACCAGCGUCAAAAGUUUCACGACGGCAAUCGCGCGUGGUACUUGAAGGCAAUCUUCUACUGCACCGUCCCUCUGGGCGCCAUGGUGAUGUAUGCGAACAGUAUCUUCUACGAGAACGAUUUCCCCAAACCUUCGAUCUGGAUGGCCAUUUUCUAUCCGACUCUGAAGCACAGUUGGAUAUUUCUGGGAGCCAUAUUAAUCUAUGGAGUGAUCUACGAGUACAGUGGGGUGCUGAAGAGGUUCCUCAAUUUUUCGAUCUUCGUUCCCCUGGGUCGGUUGACUUACUGUGCCUAUGUUUGUCACGUGUUUAUGCUCAAGAAUGUUUUCUUCGGCAAUCGGGAGGUGGCUUACUUCAGCAAGAUGAAUCAUUUAUCGAAAGCAUUGACGGUAUUGAUUGCAUCAUACGUAAUUGGACUGAUGCUGGCGCUGUUGCUAGAAUUUCCGGCAACUGCACUCCAGAAGCAGUUAUUCUCCAAGAAACUUGAACAAGCCAUGAAGCCUCCACCCGUGCCAACAGAACCCGAGAUCAAUAACAUUGUCCGUGCCAAUGAUAGCGUAGCAGCUUAGAUGCUUGAACCAAAACAAAUAACAUAAAAAUAAGAAGAGAUGUCAUGUGAUCUGUGAAAAAAAUCCUCCGAUAGACUGUACCCGAUUUCCAACGAUCCACGUAUUUAUAAUUUAUUUAAUUACUUAACAGGAUAGGUGACAUUGUUUUAAGAAAAUACAUUUAAAUAUAAUUCAUACCUA